UUACCAGCUCAGAACAUUAAGAGCAGUUCGUCCCAGUUAUAUUGUUUUUCUGGAUUUAUGGUAUUGCUUGGCUGAGCAUUUCCUGGUGGUUGAAUCGGAUCUGAAAUGGUUACUUGCUGACACGGUUAUCUUCGAGGCAUAUCUGAAAGCGUCACCAUGCCUCGUAAGGUAAAUUAUGGAGUUGAUUAUGAAGAAGACUUUUAUGACUAUGAAGAUUACAAUUAUGACUAUGACGAUGGAUAUGAAUAUGCAGGGAAAAAUGGAAGGGCACCAGAAACAAAUACAAAGCAGGAAUUGGUCAAGGUUGGCAUCUGGCGUUGUUCCAUUUGCACAUUUGAUAACAGAGCUAGUAUGAAUGUGUGUGAUGUAUGUGGAAAUCCCAAACAAGAACCAGUUAAGGCUGGGGUGUGGUGUUGUCCCAUUUGCACAUUUGAUAAUGAAGAUACCACAAAUUUAUGUGAUAUGUGUGGGGUCCUACGUAACCCAUUGAUCAAAGGUUGUGGUGGUGGCGGUGGCAAAGCUAGCGCAGCUACUAGCAACAAAGUCGUACAGUCAAAUGUCCUAUCAAGUAAAAAGGAAAUAGCUGGUGAAGUUAAAAAAAAAUUGGUUUCUGAAGAGCCUACUAGUUCUUCCACAUCAACAGCGAAGGUUAGAUGUGAUGACAUGAAGGAUAGAGGUUCUUCUAUAGAAACUAGAGGAAAUCAUGACGGCAUGAGCAAUGUGAGCAAUAUGUCUGUAUCAUCAAAUUCUCACAAUGUGGAGAGUAGAAUUGCAACUUCAAGAUCACAGAGUAAACCUCAGAAAAUUGUAUGCACUGGUCAAUUAGAAGACAAAUUGAACCAGCUAAAUCUUGCAAUUGUUGGCCAUGUUGAUUCUGGGAAGUCAACACUAUCAGGAAGACUACUACACCUUUUGGGGCAGAUAUCUCAGAAGGAAAUGCACAAAUAUGAAAAAGAGGCCAAGCAGCAAGGAAAAGGGUCCUUUGCUUAUGCCUGGGCAUUGGAUGAGAGUGCUGAGGAAAGAGAGAGGGGAAUAACUAUGACAGUGGCUGUUGCCUACUUUAACACAAAAAGUUACCGUGUUGUACUGCUUGAUUCCCCAGGCCAUAGAGACUUUGUCCCAAAUAUGAUAUCAGGUGCAACACAAGCAGAUGCUGCAAUUCUCGUAGUUGAUGCUUCAAUAGGUGCAUUUGAAGCUGGCAUUGAUGUUAGUGGAGGUCAGACAAGGGAGCAUGCACAACUUAUCAAAAGCUUUGGGGUGGACCAGAUAAUAAUUGCUAUUAACAAAAUGGAUGCAGUGGGAUACUCCAAAGAACGGUUUGAUACAAUUAAGAAUCAACUAGGAACAUUUCUUCAUGCUUGUAAGUUUAAAGAUUCAUCAGUAUUGUGGAUUCCCCUGAGUGCCAUGCAAAACCAAAAUUUGGUGACAAGUCCUUCUGAUGCAAGAUUGUUGUCCUGGUUUCAAGGUCCAUGCCUUUUAGACGCAAUAGACUCUCUCCAACCUCCCCAAAGAGAUUACUCAAAGCCUAUAUUAAUGCCGAUAUGUGAUCUCGUUAAAUUACCCUCACAAGGACAGGUGUCAGUAUGUGGAAAGUUGGAGACAGGAGCUCUUCAAACUGGAGAUAAGGUUCUAGUUAUGCCAUCAAGAGAAAUGGCAACAGUGCGUUCUUUGGAACAUAAUUCUCAGGUCUGUAACAGUGCAAAAGCCGGAGACAAUGUCACUGUUAAUCUACAAGGUAUAGAUGUGAAUCGUGUAAAGGCAGGGGAUGUGCUGUGCCACCCUGAAUAUCCUAUUGAUGUUACAAAUCAUUUGGAACUGAAGAUUCUUCUCCUGGAUAUUGCUGUUCCAAUUUUAAUUGGCUCUCAGUUGGAAUUUCAUGUACACCAUGUUAAGGAGGCUGCAAGAGUUGUGAGGAUUUUGUCCUUGCUUGAUCCAAAGACUGGAAAGGAGACCAAGAAAUCACCUAGAUGUCUUCUAGCAAAGCAGAAUGCUAUAAUUGAGGUAGUUUUGCAAGGGAUGAUUUGCGUUGAAGAGCAUUCUAAAUGUAAGGGUCUUGGAAGGGUGUCCCUCAGAGCAUCAGGAAGAACCAUCGCUCUUGGUCUUGUGACUCGAGUUCUAGAGAAGAAGGAAUAGAGAAAUUGCCACUGCUGGAAUGAGGUUUGACAUGCCCAGAAUCAGCUGGUAGAGGUAUACAUCUGUGAGGACCUUUAGCUUGAAACUCGCAGUUGAGUGUCAUCCUUUUCUUUCUCCUCUCUUGCCUGUCCUGAUCUCCUCUAGAGAUCCACAAUUUUUGUAGUUGCGAUGAAUGUUAAUGAUUCUACAGUGGCAUAGCUCUAGACAUGGGUUUCUUCCCUUCAUUUUUGUGGCGGAUUUUUCUUUACUUGUACAUUUGGAGGAAUCUGAUAUAUAUUUAGGGUCCCCUCUUUGAGCGACAUAUUCACCACUUUAUGUAUGUCUUAACAUGCAU